AUGGAUAACUCGGGAGGAUAUUCAGGACCACCUAACAACAAAAAAUUACAACAAACUCAAGCUCAUGUCGACGAGGUGGUUGGUAUUAUGAGAACAAAUGUGGCCAAAGUCUUAGAGAGAGAUGAAAAAUUAUCAAAGCUUGAUCAAAGGGCAGAUACUUUGCAAAUGGGAGCCUCCCAAUUUGAGCAACAUGCAGCCAGACUGAAAAGAAAAUUUUGGUGGCAAAAUUUAAAAAUGAUGAUAAUAAUUGGAGUUGUUUGCACUUCUUUGUUAAUUAUAUUUUUAAAAUCGAAACCUCAUGCCGAAGUCUCAGCUGUCACUCCACAUUCAUCUUAA